AUGGACGAACUUACAAAAUCGGUUUGGGACGAUGAUGAAGAUAGUAAUGAUAUACCAAAGACUCAAGUAGAGGAUAAUUAUGACUCAUUGGGGUUCGACAACAAUUUCACGGCGUCAUCAAAGUUCAACCAAGUGGACAAUACCUUUAAUUCGUAUUUAACCGAUGACCCGUUUUCCAACCCGUUCAAUGAUACUCAAAAGGGGUUUGAUGAUGAGGAAGAGAAUGAGGAAGAGAAUGAUGAAAAGAAUGUUGAAGCUCCAAAAGUCAAGUAUAAUGCGGUAGAAGAACAAAAGCGUGAAUUGAACAUGGGCGAAAGAAAGCACUUGAAAAAUCAAAUCUUAUCGGAGUUGAUAGACGGGUCAAAAGAAGAUGAUUUAGAACAAUCCUUAAACAAUAAAGUCCUACAGAGUGUUAAAAACUCGGAUGAGCUUUUCCAUGACAAAGAUUCACCAAUCAAAUUAGCAUCAAUUUCGGACCAAGAAUCAGUUACUUCGCCACAGAAACCCAUCAAUGUGGUAAAAAAAUUCAAGGUUAUUAGACCAAGGAAGUUUAAUGCAAAGAUAAAUAUACAACAUUUGACAAAAGGAGAGUCCGGUACCAAAGAUUUAGAAGGACCACUAGGGCAUGAGCCGAAAAAGGCUACUGUCGAGGAUGAUAGUAGUGUUCCGCCCCAGGAAGUUAAGAGUGAGGAAGAACUUGGCGAGAAAAGCCCAACUGAGCAGCAUAUUCCAAACACCAAAGAAAAAGAGCAAAAAUCCUCGCUUUUUGCUAACAAUCACGGAGACAAAAAUUCGUUGGUCAUAUCUGUGGGCGAUCCGUUGAAAGUUGGAGAUAUAACAACAGCUCAUAUCACAUACACAGUGAAAACUACGAAUAAGAACUUGGAGUCAACACAUUUCCCAAAACAAGAGUAUGUUGAAGUUCACAGACGUUAUAGCGAUUUCCGUUGGUUGUUUCAUCAAUUACAGGCCAACCAUCCUGGAAAAAUUAUCCCACCACCACCUGCAAAACAAAGCUAUAUUGGUAGAUUUAAUGAAAAAGUUGUAGAGCAUAGAAGAAUGUCUUUGGAGAAGAUGUUGAUCAAUAUUAGUCAUAAGCCAGAGCUAUGUAAUGACCCAGACUUUGUUUCAUUCUUGUGUAAUGAAAAGGAAGGUUCUUUUGGUGAUGCUGGUUUAGACGAGUCAGCCAUACAUGAAGGGGGAGGAGCAGCAGCAGCAGCAGGAGAAGGAGUUGGAGGAGGAGUUGCUUCCACAACUUCGGCAGCAGCUAAUGCAGCAGCAAAUGCAGCAGCAAAUGCAGCUAUUGCUUCUACUGGAUUCAUGAGCUCAUUAUUCUCAAUGUCAAACAAAGUCAACGAUCCUGAUCAGUUUUUCACAAAGAAAAAAGACUAUAUUGACGACUUGGAGUAUAAUUUAAAGCAGUUCCUCAAGACUAUUGAGCUAAUUGGAAGCCAGCGACAGGAUAUGAUUAACUUAUUGGAAGAGCUUGCUAUUACUAUGGAGGAGUUAGCAGCCGUUGAAAUUAGUAGAGCCACAUGCGACUUGUUGUCUGCAUUUAGUCAAGUUGAAUUCAAAAUCAGAGACAAUAUGGAGAGGCUUAGUAUUUCCGACCAGUUGACCAUUGGCUUUACCAUUGAAGAAUACUUGAGGAUCAUUGAAGCAAUAAACCACGUUUUUGAAACCAGAAUCAAAAUCCUCCAACUGCUAUCGUCAUUAAACACACAAAUCGACAAGUUAUCGAAAAAACAUCCAAUCCUGCCUGAAAAAUCGUUUGAGUUGGAAAGAUUGAAAGAACGUCAAACAAUUCUACAAAAGCAAUUUGAUGAUAUAAGCGUUACCAUUAAGAACGAAUUGGAUGAUUUUGAAUUGAGCAGGAUUGACGAUUUUAGAAACAAUGUGGAGAUCUUUAUUGAGAGCUCUAUAGAAUCACAAAAAGAGGCAAUCGAGUUGUAUGAAACAUUCUAUAGUCGACAUAUUGUCGUAGAUAGCAAUCGAGUUCUCCUUUAUGGGUUAAUUGAUGAAGAGGGCUUGAAAAUUUGUCAAGAGAGUAAUGAAGUGAGAGUAAAUAGCGGUGAAAAUGAGUCACGACGGGGGGCAUUUGGUGGUGUUCUGGGAGAUGGGAACGAUUCUGAAAGGCGUGGUAGCAUAAAGAAAGUGGAUAACACUAGCAAAACUAGUCACGAGCUAGCGCACUCGACUUCAGUCCAAAGAGCUAGUGGAAAUAGCGAUUUCUCAAAUAAUGAUAAUAACAAUAAUAACAAUAAUAAUAAUAUUAAUAACAGCAAUGACGAUGAUGAUGAUGACUCUUUUAUUCAUAUUGCUUUAACGCCUAAUGAAUGUACGAUAAUUUGCUCAUCAAGAUUAUUGCAAAAGUUUUUCCCCAAACCAUUGGAGAUUUGUCACCAAUUGGACUAUACAGACGUGCAACUUUUACCACUGCGUUACGUAAGUUUGAUUGUUUAUUCAGAUGGAGGAUACGAUAAGCUGCUGAGGAUUUUGGAAAUGACCAAGCCAUUGUCUGAGAACAAUAUAUCCGUUUUUUAUAUCUCCUCCCAUUUCAAUGACAUUGUCCUAAUACCAUUUGAUUUAAAGGAAAAAGUCAUACAAAUUUUAUCUAAACAGGGCUUUGAAUAUUCUGAAAUUUCAAAUGCCUACAUUUCAAACCACUGUAUCACCAACUUGGAAAAGCCCCUCACUUGCUCAUUUGAAAAGACUUUCCACCUUUUUGCAAGCGCAAAUAUCCACCCAAAGAUUGAUGAGUGCCACGAGUUAUUGCUAACAGGAUCAAGAAAAGGGGAAUUCAAAAACUCUAUACUAAAAGUGAUAAAAGUGUUUUGCUUGGCUAAUUCGUCACUGCCAGCAUAUUUUGCAAUAACAAGAACAUUAUCUACUGAAUUAUCCUUGAUUUUGCCAAGAUCUACCAAGGUUCGUCUACAGUAUGGGUUUGACUCAACGAAUUUGAUUGGCUCAACUCAGGAUGUUGUGAUACCUAUAAGUAUGGACUUUUCCAAUCUUCCCUUGAACUGUGCUGGUCUUGUUGCCGGGUUGGCAAAUAAACUCAUAACAGAUGGAGAAAACUCAAUUGAUAUUAGUUACUUAUCCAUGGCCAGAUCAGGUGUGAUCAUGAUACCUCAAGAAAAUUUAGCAUUAGCCAGGGAAAGCUUCAUGAGUAUAUGA